AUGUUUACUGGCCUCGUUGAAGCUAUUGGCAUUAUUCGCCGUGUCGUAAAGUCGCCUGAGGGAUUCUCCGUCGAUAUUGAGGAGCCCAAAAUCAUUCAAGAUUGUCAUUUAGGCGACAGCAUCGCUGUCAACGGUACUUGCUUGACGGUUACAAGUCUUAGCGGUACAGGCUUUGUGGUCGGAAUUGCUCCCGAAACUCUCCGUCUUACAAAUCUAGGCUCUCUAAAGGAAGGCGACUCUGUGAACUUGGAACGUGCCGUUCUCAGUACGACUCGUAUGGGAGGCCACUUUGUUCAGGGCCACGUUGAUACCGUUGCCGAAAUCGUAGACAAACAACCGGAUCAAGAGGCCAUUGUUUUUACAUUCCGUCCUCGUGACCCUUCGGUUCUCAAGUACAUUGUUUACAAGGGUUACAUCGCUUUGGAUGGCGUCUCGCUCACAGUUACAUAUGUCGACGAAGCAACCUUUAGCAUUAUGAUGAUUUCUUACACGCAGUCAAGUGUUAUCAUGCCCACCAAGAAUAUUGGUAGCCUAGUCAAUGUGGAAGUCGAUCAGCUUGGAAAGUACACAGAAAAGCUGGUGGAAGCCCAUAUAAAAGAAUGGUUUCAAAAGGCUAAAGAGUAG